AUUUCGCAAAAAAACUUUCGAUAAACGUUCGUCUAUAUCUUAUUUGGGUAUAUGACGCGGCUUUUCGCUCAUUUUACUCGAGUGUCAAGUAUAGCGUCAUAUUGUGCAAACUGCAAGCCAGUAGGAUCUGUAGGAUAGGGUAAAUUGUCAGUGUGUCAAAUUCACUGUGUUUUUCGAUAAAUUUUUCAAAGAGAAAGCAGAGCCCGUCUAAAAAUGAAGACACGAUUUAACACUUACGAUCUUGUAUGUUCAGUUACUGAACUGCAAAGAUUUAUUGGCAUGCGUGUCAAUCAGAUAUACGAUAUAGAUCAUCGUACGUAUCUUAUACGUCUUCAACGGAGCGAGGAAAAAUGCAUUCUUCUGCUCGAAUCUGGUAACAGGAUCCACACCACAGCUUUCGAGUGGCCCAAGAAUGUAGCUCCCUCAGGUUUCUCCAUGAAGAUGCGCAAACAUCUUAAGAACAAAAGAUUAGAGAGUCUCACGCAAGUCGGUAUGGAUCGAAUAAUAAAGUUGCAAUUCGGAAGUGGCGAAGCUGCCUACCAUCUAAUUUUAGAGGUGUACGAUCGCGGUAAUAUAAUCCUCACUGAUCACGAAAUGGUAAUUUUAUAUGUGUUAAGACCUCACACCGAAGGAGAUAAGAUUAGAUUUGCAGUAAAAGAGAAGUAUCCCUUAGACAGAGCCCAUUCCACAACUAUGCCACCUGUAGAUGUAAUCCAGGAGCAUAUUCAGAAAGCUAAGGAGGGAGACAGUCUUAAAAAAGUGUUAAAUCCACAAUUAGAAUUUGGUUCAGCUGUGAUUGAUCAUGUUUUACUUAAAGCCGGAUUUAAUCUUGGUUGCAAAAUCGGUAAAGAUUUUAAUAUCAAUGAAGAUAUGCCAAAAUUAAUUCUAGCACUCGAGGAUGCUAAUAACAUGCUGGAUCAUGCGAAGAAAAAUGUCUCAAAAGGCUAUAUCAUACAGAAAAAAGAAUCGAAACUGAUUCAGGAUGGCAAGGAAGAUUUUAUACUUGCUAAUAUUGAAUUCCAUCCAUUCUUGUUUGAGCAGUAUAACAAUCAGCCUUACAAGGAGUUUGAUUCGUUUGACGCUGCAGUGGAUGAAUAUUUCUCUACAAUGGAAGGACAAAAGAUAGAUUUGAAGGCUUUGCAACAGGAAAGAGAAGCUUUGCAAAAGUUGGAAAGAGUGAGAAAGGAUCACAGUCAGAGAUUGAUUACGUUAGAAAAGACACAGGAAUUAGAUAAACAAAAAGCCGAAUUAAUUUCAAGGAAUCAGGUUCUAGUGGACAACGCUAUACUAGCUAUACAAAGCGCCUUGGCAAAUCAGAUGUCUUGGCCCGACAUUCAGGUUUUAUUGAAAGAAGCUCAAGCCAGAGGUGAUCCUGUCGCUUCUGCUGUAAAACAAUUAAAACUAGAAACCAAUCAUAUUGCCCUAAUGUUGCACGAUCCUUACGAAGACAGUGACGAGGAAUCUGAGCUCAAACCUAUGAUCAUCGACAUAGAUUUGGCUCAUACAGCAUUCAGUAAUGCCAAGAGGUAUUAUAGUCAAAAGAAAUCAGCCGCAAAGAAGCAGCAAAAAACGAUAGAAUCCGAGGGGAAAGCUUUGAAGUCGGCGGAAAAGAAAACAAAGCAAACGUUGAAAGAAGUGCAAACCAUACAUACCAUUAGUAAAUUAAGAAAGAUGUAUUGGUUUGAAAAAUUCUAUUGGUUUAUUACAUCCGAAAAUUAUUUAGUGAUUGGAGGAAGAGAUCAACAACAGAACGAGUUGAUAGUGAAAAGAUAUCUAAAGCCGGGAGAUCUAUAUGUUCAUGCAGAUUUAACUGGUGCCAGUUCUGUCGUAAUAAAAAAUCCCAGUGGCAAUCCUGUAUCGCCAAAAUCAUUAGCAGAAGCAGGUGCAAUGGCUGUUGCAUACAGUAUAGCAUGGGAUUCGAAAGUAAUAACUAGUGCAUGGUGGGUGCAUCAUGAUCAAGUAUCCAAGAGUGCGCCUACUGGUGAAUACCUUACCACCGGAUCCUUCAUGAUACGUGGGAAAAAGAAUUAUCUGACGCAAAGUCAAUUAAUUAUGGGAUUAGGUAUCAUGUUUCGCCUAGAGGACAGUUCCAUCGAACGCCAUAAGGAUGAAAGGAGAGUGAAAGCAAUAGAUGAGGAAAGUGAAAAAGCAGAAUCGAUAGUCGAGGAUGACAAGGAAAUAGAAUUAGAGAGCGAGUCGGACGAAGAUGAAAAUCAAGAAGACAAAGAUACAUUAGAUCCAAUUGAAGAGGAGGAUCAAGAGAAAUCAGAAUCCCAUGUAAUGGACAGUAGCGUUAAAAAGGAUGCAUAUGAAGAAGACGAUGAAGAAGAUACGAAAUAUCAAUUUCCCGAUACGCAAAUUAAGAUUGAUCUUUCAGGCCCAAAGGUAAAACUACACGUUGAUAAUAAUCAGCCCUUAAUAAAUAAAUCUCAGGAGGAUACAAAAGAAAGUGUAGUUUAUUUAGGAGAUGAUAAGCCUGUCAUGAUAAAUGCAUCAACUAUGGACAAACAUACAAAAGCAAAACAAAGAAUACAUCCAAAAGAACCAACAGAGAAGGAUAAUAAGAAUGAAAAUAAUAAAAAGGGAGAGCAACCUGCACUAAAACGGGGACAAAAAGGAAAGCUAAAGAAAAUGAAAGAAAAGUACAAAGAUCAGGAUGAGGAAGAUAGAAGGCUUUCAAUGCUCGUUUUGCAGUCGGCAGGCGCAGCUAAAGAAGACAAAAGAAAAAAUAAGACUAAAGAUCCAUCAGGUCCAAAACAAGGAAAGAAAAAGACAAAUCCAAAACCAAACAUUCCGCCGCAAUCUACGCAUAUGAUAGACAACAUUGACGAUGAAGACGCUGGUCCAGUUCCUGAAGUUGAUAUGCUCGAUCAAUUGACAGGAAAGCCUGUAUCAGAAGAUGAAUUAUUGUUUGCUGUCCCUGUUGUGGCGCCUUACAAUACCUUGCAAAAUUACAAGUUUAAAGUGAAAUUGACACCUGGUAUUGGUAAGAGAGGUAAAGCUGCCAAAACAGCUGUAGCUGUAUUUCUCAGAGACAAAGAAAUUUCUUCACGUGAAAAAGAUCUCUUAAAAGUAAUUAAAGAUGAGACAAUAGCUAGGAAUAUACCUGGAAAAGUGAAAAUAAGCGCCCCUCAGAUUCAAAAAUUAAAAAAAUAAUCAUCUGAAAAAUGUUGAUUUUAAUUCGGAUAAUUGAUAACAUUUUAAUUACUUGCAACAUGUAAAACUUACAUAUUCGUGAAAAAUUGCAUAUUUUCUAUAAUUACACAAUAUUUUAUGAAUAUUAAUUGACAAAAAGUUAUUUUUUUUA